GGCAUUCAUUUUCCUUCAUAGAACCGCAGUCGUCACUUUUUCUUCACAAUGGCGUCACUCACCAAAUGUCUUUUACUGCUGGCUUGCGUAUGGACUCUCGACGGCGCGCCCCUGUCAAAGAAGAAAUCGGACACAAAAGAAGAUCCAGACGUAGGAGACGAGAAAGACGCGGCCAAGCCUCAUAUCGAAGAGUACAAGAGAUACGUACAGCAGGUGCUCGAUCUGCUUGAGGAUAGUCCAGAAUUGCGCGAUCGGAUCCGCGCAGCCAGCGACGAUGACGUCACGAACGGCAGACUUGGAGACGAAUUGGCGAGGAUCGCACCGGCACACAUCAGAUCACAACUUGACGAGGCUAAACGUCAAACGAUAGCGAGACAGCGUCUAAUCCUACGGAAACGUUUAGAGAAGACGACAGGAGCACGACAGCGUACUGACAGUCACGAUGAUGAGCAGUUCGGACAAGACGCUCCAGAAUUUGACGGAAACGAUCUGAGACAAGUAUUACUGGCGAGAAAGCAAGAGUUACAGAAGGAGGAUAAGGAACGUCGCGAUAAGUUUGUGAAGCUGGAGAUGUCGAAGGAGCAUCAGCGACGAGAGCUGCUCAAGAAGAUGUCGGAGAAAGACAGACUGGAGGCUGAAGAGAAGCAUAAAUUUGAGAAAGAUAAGAAAACCAAGCACCCCAAGUUGCAUCACCCGGGAAGCAAGUCCCAGUUUGAGGAAGUCUGGGAAGAGGAAGAUGGUCUUGAUAAAGAAGAUUUCGAUCCAAGAACUUUCUUCCAACUACACGACACAAGUGACGAUGGAUACCUUGAUACGUUUGAGUUGGAAGCUUUGUUUAUUCAUGAGGUAUCCAAGAUCUAUGGAGACGAUGAGACAGUAGAAAUGCAAGAAGAAAUAGCUCGAAUGAGAGAACACAUCUUGAACGAGGUUGAUAAAGAUCAGGACGGACUCGUUUCGUUCAGUGAAUUCAUGGAUUCGACCGAACUACAGCAGUUCAGUGAGGAUGAAGGCUGGAAAGGUCUUGAUGAGGAUGACCUCUAUAGUGAUGAAGAGAUGGACGAGUACGAAAGGAUGCUGCAGGAAGAAAUGGAGUCCAUGGAUGAGGAAUCCAGACGUUUAAUGGAGGAAGACAAUAAAAGCGAACACCAUGAAGACAAGAGUGAAUUACGAGGAGAUGAAGGACACAAUGCCCAGCAAGGAGAGCAACACAUUGAACAACAAGAGACUGUACAUGUGACAAGUCAUCCACCUGAUGUUCAACAGCAACAGGAGGUGCAUCCAGUCGACACCCAACACCAGCCUAUUGAAGUGAAACCAGCCGAAGAUCAACCGCAUCAGACUGAAACUAAAACUGAAGCACCAGUACAACAAGAACAGAAGGAACCGGAGGUGAAGCAGGAAACGCAAGAAAAGAGAGAGGAACAUGCAGAGCAGCCCAAACAGGAGGAACACAAAGAGCCCGAAAAGGCAGGUGGACAGUAAAAUUGACCAAUUGCGUUUGUAGGCAGUAAAUACGGGAAAGGGAACAUUUUACUGUGUGAGUUGUGAAUUAAUAUGAAUUCGAAAAAUAAAUAAAAAAUAAAGUGA